GUUAACCCGCUGCGCUAUUGCUUGACUUCCAUUUACUAGAUUUUUGUGUGUGUUUUUGGUGAAGAAAAAUUAAAAGGUUGAAAGAGAUGUCAGUAGAAUUUGUGGGCUUUGUCAUGGUCCUAAUAGGCAGGAUAACUCGCUAAAUGUUUCCAUAACCUCUUCUGUUUCCAUUAUACAGCUAGGGUAUUGUACCUUGUAUUCACUACAGUGUCUUCCAUCUAGGGCCCAUACUGUCCAGUGAAGAGGCUGUGCUGCUAGGUGUAAACAGAGUCUCAAGCUAUUGCUGCGAUUGAUCUUCCCUUUUCUGGCCUGAAAGACAUUCAGGGAAAGAGGAAGAGAUGGCAGUUUCUUGGGGCUCAGUGACCUAUGAAGAUGUAACUGUGAUAUUCACUCAAGAGGAGUGGGCACUAUUGAAUCCUUCAGAGAAGAAACUCUACAGAGAUGUGAUGUGUGAAAAUUUGAGGAACUUUCUUUCAAUAGAAAAGAUACAAGAACAUUCCACCAAAGGGCAGCAUAUCUUGCAUGGCAGUAAACAAAGUAAUACAACAGUAAAAGUCUCUGAGGACAAAGAUAGUCAGAACGCUGGAAUAUCUCAAGAAUGUGAAGUAUACAGCAAAUUAUUCACUUAUCCUAUUCAUCUUCAAAAACACAUAAGAAUUCACGGUGGAGAGAAACCCUCUGAAUAUAAACAAUGUAAUGGAACAUUCAAGAGAUCCAGUCACCUUUGGAAACAUGAAAAAACUGACAGUGGAGAGAAACCCUAUGAGUGUAAACAAUGUAGUAAAACAUUCAGUCAAGCUGGUCAUUUUCAUAUACAUGAACGAACUAACAGUGGAGAGAAACGCUAUAAAUGCAAACAAUGUAGUGAAACAUUCAGUUGGCCCAGUAAUCUUUGGGCAUAUGAAAGAAUUCACAGUGGAAAGAAACUCUAUGACUGUAAAUUGUGUAGUAAAACAUUCAGUCAAUCCAGGAGUCUUCUGACACAUGAAAGAAUUCACAGUGGAGAGAAACCCUAUGAAUGUAAACAGUGUAGUAAAACAUUCAGGCAAUCUAGUAGUCUUUGGGCACAUGAAAGAAUUCACAGUGGAGAGAAACCCUAUGAAUGUAAACAGUGUAGUAAAACAUUCAGUGAUUCCAAAAGUCGUCGGAGACAUGAAAGAAUUCACAGUGGAGAGAAACCCUAUGAAUGUAAACAAUGUAGUAAAACAUUCAAUUAUUCCAGUAGUCUUCGGGCACAUGAAAGAAUUCACAGUGGAGAGAAACCCUAUGAAUGUAAAUUGUGUAGUAAAACAUUCAGGCAAUCCAGUAGUCUUCGGGCACAUGAAAGAAUUCACAGUGGAGAGAAACCCUAUGAAUGUAAAUUGUGUAGUAAAACAUUCAGGCAAUACAGUAGUCUUCGGGCUCAUGAAAGAAUUCACAGUGGAGAGAAACCCUAUGAAUGUAAAUUAUGUAGUAAAACAUUCAGGCAAUCCAGUAGUCUUCGGGCACAUGAAAGAAUUCACAGUGGAGAGAAACCCUAUGAAUGUAAAUUGUGUAGUAAAACAUACAGUUCUUCCAGUAGUCUUUGGGCACAUGAAAGAAUUCACAGUGGAGAGAAACCCUAUGAAUGUAAACAGUGUAGUAAAACAUUCGGGCAAUCCAGUCAUCUUCGGAGUCAUGAAAGAAUUCACGGGAGAGAAACCCUAUGAAUAUAAACAAUGUAGUAAAACAUUCUGGCAGUCUGGUGGUCUCCAGAGACAUGAAAGAAUUCACAGUGGAGAGAAACCCUAUGAAUGCAGUGUAGUAAAACAUUCAGUUGUUGCAGUAGUCUUCAGUAACAAUAAAACCUAUAAUAAAAAUGGAAAACAAAGGCAACAAAAGGAAAAAUAAAAAUAUAAUGAAAAAGACACAAAAACCUUUAUUUUGGUUCAUCACUCAUGAAGUUUUCACUUUUGCAGUUAGGGAGCAGGGCUUGAAUUUGGUUCCUUUUGCAUGGUACCAUGUGCACUGCACUAAACCCUACCACUAAGUCCCCAUUGAAAAAAAUUUUUAAUACGGUAAGGUUUUGUAUCAUCUAAACUAGACCAAAAAAAAAAAAAAAAGAAAAAGAAUGUUGGGAGUCAGGGUGUAGUGCAGGUGGCACAAAGCCCAAGGACCUGUGGCUGAGAAAGCUGUGGUAUACACACACAAUGAGAUACUAUGCAGCUAUUAAG